GGAGCUAGGCAAGUGACAGCAUACGAUAAAACUUUGUUAGCUACCUGCUAACUUUAAUCUACCAUCUGCUUAGCCAUGUUAUUAGCUUGAAAACGGAACCCGAGAAUGCUCGAAAAGUUGGAGUGUCGUGGAGAGGAUGAUGGAGACAUGUGCAAUUGGGCCAGUUCAGUGCUCACAAUCAGCAGAACUGAUUUCAGUGCACGACUGCCACAGUUUUUGGAGCAGAGGAUGCAGACCAGUAUGCUCACAGGUGUAUUGAUUGGAGCUGCGGUUGCAGUUGCGCUGAUUGGGAUUGUGGUGCUCUUCCUUUACAGGAGAUUCAAACAUGCCCGUGAUCGACAGCCGGGUGUACCUCACUAUCGCUUCAGGAAACGAGAUAAAGUGCUUUUCUAUGGAAGGAAGAUAAUGAGAAAGGUUAAGACACUCUCGUCUCUUCCUUCUCCCUCCCCUUCUUCGCUAUCAAAGCAGCCACAGCGCAUACGCAAAAGAACCAAAGUUCUGAGCAUAGCUCGCAAAAUCCUGAGGAUCCGUAAAGACCCUCCUACCCUGCAGCCCAAAGAACCCCCUCCCUCCCUGCUAGAAGCUGAUCUGACAGAGUUUGAUGUGCAGAGCUCAAACUUGCCUUCCGAGGUCCUCUAUAUGCUGAAAAAUGUCAGGGUCUUGGGACAUUUUGAGAAGCCUCUGUUUCUGGAGCUGUGUCGGCAUAUGGUGUUUAUUGAGCUGCAGGAGGGUGAAGGCCUGUUCAGACCAGGAAAUGAUGAUGACAGCAUCUACGUGGUCCAGGACGGAAGACUUGAGCUCUGCAUACAAGAGAAUGAUGGCACAGAACCAGUAGUGAAGGAUGUCCUCCCUGGAGACAGUGUCCACAGCCUGCUCAGUAUUCUGGACACUAUCACCGGAUAUCCAGCUCCGUAUAAGACUGUAUCAGCACGAGCUGCAGCUCGCUCCACCAUUUUACGUUUACCUGCAUCAGCCUUCGAGUCGGUCUUUAAGAAAUACCCUGAGACACUUGUGCGUGUCAUUCAGAUAAUUAUGGUGCGCCUCCAAAGAGUCACCUUUUUGGCGUUGCAUAACUAUCUGGGCCUAACAACUGAGCUCUUCAAUCCGGAGAGUCAAGCAGUGCCCUUGACAAAUAUAAACAAUGUAAUGGCAGAAGGAAAUUCUGGAAAGAUGACUCGUCGUCUCCACUUCCAGGACGAGUUACCUGCCGGGAUCGCUGAGAACACUGCAGAGAGGGAUGGCAUAAAGGACAGCCCUUCAAACAGGAAGCUACGAUCCAUCUCUGUGCUCACUGAAUGCACAGGUAAUGACCUGAACAUGGCCUGCGAUCGAGCUCGAGUUACUAUUGAGGAGGCCCCACCUAGUCCUGCCACUCACAAAACCAGUCUGAAGAAGAGUGUGACAGUGCAACACACACCAUCUGAAGUCUAUCACUAUACAGACAGUGGGGGGCACUCUGAUGCUACCCAUCUCAAUAAGAGCAGCGCAAUCUUCCAGGCUGCUAAGAAGGACCUGCUGGGAAUAAUCCAGCUUCAGGAUCCUAGUCUGCUUGAAGGCAGAGUAACCCUCCACCAUGUCAAAGCUGGUUCUGUGGUAGCUCGUCAGGGCGAUCAGGAGGUGAGCAUUCACUUUGUGAUUUCUGGGCUCCUCCAUGUUUACCAGCGGAUGAUUGAUCGUGAAAAAGAAUCGCGUCUGUUUGUAACGCAUCCUGGAGAGCUUGUUGGUCACCUUGCUGUUCUGACUGGAGAGCCCCUCAUAUUUACAGUUCGAGCUCAGCGAGAUUGCAGCUUCCUUUCCAUUUCCAAAACACACUUUUAUGAGAUAAUGCGUGAGGAGCCCAAAGUGGUGCUGAAUGUUGCUCAUGCUGUGGUGAAGAGGAUGUCAUCUUUUGUCAGACAAAUAGACUUUGCUCUUGACUGGAUGGCUGUCGAAGCUGGCAGGGCUGUUUACAGGCAGGGAGAGAAAUCAGACAGCACUUUCAUAGUGCUGAGUGGUCGACUGCGCUCUGUAAUCAUGAAGGAGGAUGGCAAGAAGGAGCUGAUCGGGGAGUAUGGACGUGGUGACCUGAUUGGAGUGGUGGAGGCAUUGACCCAUCAGAACAGAGCUACCACAGUACAUGCUGUACGAGACUCAGAGCUGGCCAAGCUACCAGAAGGUGCACUUAACUCUAUCAAGAGGAAAUUCCCACAGGUGGUCACCAGGUUGAUCCACUUACUUGGGCAGAAGAUACUCCAGCAGGUCAAUGGUCCUCUGACAGCUCGCAGUUUGUCCCUGCACACUCCAGGAAGUAAGUGGGAUGCGGGAAACCAAGCAUCUAACCUCUCAACUGUGGCAGUUCUGCCAGUAUCAGAAGAGGUACCUCUUACUGCCUUCACUCUGGAGCUGCAGCAUGCACUCCUUGCAAUAGGUCCCACUCUUCUACUGACAAGUGAUAUCAUCAAACAACGUCUUGGAGCUGCUGCACUUGACAGUGUCCAUGAGUACCGUCUGUCCAGCUGGCUGGGCCAACAAGAAGACAUUCAUCGCAUAGUUCUUUACCAGACUGACUACACACUGACCCCGUGGACACAGAGGUGCAUCCGUCAGGCUGACUGCAUCAUUAUCGUGGGACUAGGGGAGCAGGACCCCACUGUAGGGGAGCUGGAGCGUAUGUUGGAAGGAAGUGCAGUACGUGCCCAGAAGCAGCUUGUGGUGUUGCACAGAGAAGAUGGUCCCCCACCCAAAGGAACUGUGGACUGGCUCAACAUGCGAAGCUGGAUCUCCAGACACCUCCACCUUGCCUGUCCCCGAAGGGUCUUCUCAAAAAGGAGCCUGCCUAAACUGUUGGAGCUGUAUCAGCGUGUAUUUGAGAAACCAGCAGACCGCCACUCUGACUUUUCCCGCCUGGCUCGUGUUCUCACAGGCAAUGCUAUUGCUCUUGUCCUUGGAGGAGGAGGGGCCAGGGGUUGUUCUCAAGUGGGUAUAAUGCGAGCACUCUGUGAAGCUGGCAUCCCAGUAGACCUCAUUGGCGGAACUUCAAUUGGUUCCCUGAUUGGAGCUCUCUAUGCUGAGGACCGCAGCCACAGCCGCUUGAGGAUAAGGGCUAAAGAGUGGGCUAUGGAAAUGACUUCAGUAUUUAAGAAAGUAUUGGAUUUGACAUAUCCAAUCACCUCCAUGUUUUCCGGUGCUUCCUUCAACUCUGGUAUAAACAAUGUCUUCGAAAGCAAACAGAUUGAGGACCUUUGGAUCCCAUAUUUUAAUAUCACAACUGACAUCACUGCCUCUGCCAUGAGAGUACACACUGAUGGUUCUCUUUGGCGGUAUGUCCGUGCCAGCAUGUCUCUGUCGGGAUAUCUCCCUCCUCUCUGUGAUCCAAAAGAUGGACACCUACUGAUGGAUGGAGGUUAUAUCAACAACCUGCCUGCUGAUGUGGCACGCUCCAUGGGGGCUAAAGUGGUAAUAGCUAUUGAUGUGGGCAGCCAGGAUGAAACCAAUCUCACUAAUUAUGGCGACUCACUCUCGGGCUGGUGGCUGCUAUGGAAACGCCUCAACCCCCUAGCUGAGAAAGUUAAGGUGCUGAACAUGGCAGAGAUUCAGAGUCGGUUGGCCUACGUGUGCUGUGUGAGACAGCUGGAGUCUGUGAAGAGCAGUGACUACUGCGAGUAUAUCAGACCUCCAAUCGACAGAUACCGUACACUAGAGUUUGGCAAGUUCGAUGAAAUUGCUGAGGUGGGAUACCAGCAUGGCAAGACUGUGUUUGAUGUGUGGCGUCGCAGUGGUGUAGUGGAAAAAAUGCUCAAAGAUAGACAUCAAGAGGAGUUCCGCAACACUCAAAGCAAGAACAAUGUGGUGACAUGUCCCAAUGCCUCCUUCACUGACCUGGCAGAAAUUGUGUCCCGCAUCGAGCCUGUCAAACCUCCUCUAGUGGAUGAAGAAUCCGACUACCACACUGACUAUGAAGAGGAUGCAUUAGAGAGUGCUUUGUCUGACAUGGAGAUACAUAAUCGCUAUGGAGAGCACGCUGAAAGGGAGGAGACUGCUGACACUGUGUGAACUUCAGGAUGAAGAACUGGAGGGGAGAGCCACAUGCCCUAUUACCCCGCCCACCAGCUGCCUCCCUCCUGCUUCCCGUUGUUCCUGACAGUUCACUGGAAGAGCAGUCAAACCAGCAAAUUCAUUCCAAGUAGUUUAUAUUGUGAAGGCUGCUCCAAUUAAUCUGCUUAAACAGGUUAGCACAGUGGAAUCGUUCUGUCUUUGCCACAUUUUACACUCCAAUGUGAACCGCAAGACUCUACCUGCAAAACUACUCUGAAGUGACUGAUUGCCAUUUUUGUCUUCUGUGACCUGAGAUGGACAGUCCCUUCAGAGGAGAACAAGUAUCUGUAGCAUGAAUCUGGCACCUGUAUCUCCUGUUUAUAUAGCAGCUGCAUGCUCAAUCGUUUCUCAUGUUGAGAUGGUGGAUCUUAUUUCUUACAGCUUUAUAUGAAUUCAGUGGAAAAUAAAAGAGAGCUGGGGAGGAGAUAUCGUUUGGACCCAGGUGAAAACUUGUCAAUUUCUCAAAUCAAAAUAAAAGCAGAAAUUCAUAAAGAGUCGGUUCAUCUAAAUUACAAAUGUCUUUUUCAAAUUUCUGUCUAGAGACAGAAUUUUGUUGUGAUUUUCACAAAUUAGAAUGUGUCAGUCUCUGAGAUGUCUGCCUUACAUAGUGUUAAACAAAUCAGCAGACUGAGUUAAUUAAAGGGGGAAUGUAAAUUUUUUUUUCUUGAAUAUUUACAUCUUUUCUUGGCACUUAAAUGCUUUUAUUAAAUGGAAAAAUCACUAAUGGGUUCAAUUAGUCACAGGUAGUUGUCACAGUACUGCUGAAACCUGAAAUGAGGGCUCACAGGUAGAAAUGACCUCAAUUUAUGUGAGUAAAAAAGUUGGGCAUCAGGACUGACUGAGAAGAAAAGGAAUCCAAUGGACACAUAAGGUCUGUGGAUUGUGUGACUGUGUAUCUGACUGUUCUUUUUCUUUCUUUUUUUUUUUUUUUUUAAUUUAUUUAAACUUGAGCCAUUGCUGACAACUCUCAUUAUUGAUACGGGCAGGAAAAUGAACUAGCAACUGAGGGUUGAUGAGCAAUGUCCUCAAACACUGCAUGGCGCGAACUCGUGACCUCUUCAGUCACCCUUCACGUAAUCAUCCUUUUUUUUUUUUUGCGCUUCCACUACACUGGAAGCGCACAUAUAUAUAAAAACUUAAGUAGCAGUUAUCUAGACUGUUAGCCAAUGUAAUGCAAAUGUGUGCAGCCUAAAUUAGUAUUGUAAAUAACUGACUCUGGUUUUAUCAAGUCCUAAACUUUGGGCAUGUCUGCUUUUAGGUCAGUUACACUUAUGACCUAAAAAGGUUAAGAACCACUGCUUUAAAGUUUUGCACACUCACCAGGAGCGACUUUCCAAACACUAAUUUAAAAAUAGAAAGGGAGCAAAAACAAGCAGCAUACUCUGCAUCCAUGGCUGUCAGCAGAGUUUUGUCGUACUGUGUGUGCCAGGGACACAGAGGGAUUUAAUGAUUGCAAUUCACUUCAAAGCACUAGUUUCCCCCUCGGCUGGUGAGAGAGCCUCCCCCCAUCUGUUUUCUGGCUUGAGUCUAUUGGCCACAUGCUGAGCAGCAGACAGCGUGGAUCUGUCAAAUGAACUCUGAAGCUCAACUUGUGUCUGUACAGUUUAUGCACCGGGGCUAUCACAAGAACAUGUGCUUAUAUAUAUAUAAAAUUAUAUCAAAAGCCAAAAAUACAUUUAGGCUUUCAUGACUAUAAAUAAAGAGCUGGACAAUCAUUCCAAAAAUGCAGCUCAGUGCACAAUUAGGUAAGCUGUUACAUAGCUUUGCUUAAUAUGCAUGCUUGCAUGACACAAUAAAAUUUAUGUAGUGCUAAUUAAUCUCCGUCCUAAGUAGAGGGCCACUCGAAGCCAAGAUCUCCGCCAAGGCCAAUACUUCAAUAAGACAGAGUUUAUUAAGAAAUUGCACCAUCCUUGAAAGUAUGAAUUUCAACAACAAAGGAGAGAGAAAAUUGUGAUCUGUAACAGGCUCACGCAUUCUGCAACAGAAGUUUGAUUUUUUUAGUCUUUUUUACGUCUAUGCUGUAGCUGCAGCAGAGACAGACAUGCACCUUUCCAGAAAUAGAACUAUACGUAGUAUUGAUGCAGAUCUCAACAACUGAUUGUAGUAACAUGCUGUAUUAAUGCAGCAUAUUGAUAAGCACAAAGAUUAUAAUCUGUAAAAUGUGAUGGGCUUUAAUUGUAGUUAGCUUGCUCACAAUGCUAUUGCUAUAGGUAGCCUAAUCUUCUGCCAGUGUGGACAGAUCAGCUCAGUUUAACAAGAUUAACCUAACGAACUCUAUUGGUUGUUUUAAGGGGAAAUGGAUAAAGCUUGUGAGUCCUCAGUGACCCAUAACAGGCUGGGGUCCCAAAUAUUUGUCUGGCAUCCCUGCUCAUGCACCAAAAUGCAAUGGAUUCUUCCUGUUUGUUCUCUACCUCUCAGUGUCAGAAUAAUCGACCUGGUAUUUUUUUUUUGUGUAAUCCUGCUAACAUAAGAAACUGCAACAACAGUGUAACCUGUGUGGUGGAGGUAACUAGUGCUGAUUAUUGUUUCCUGUAUUUAUUCAUGUAUUACUUGAAACUAAAUCUUUUGGUUUAUAUACCAACAGAGAAUGACAAAUGGUGAAAUUGUGUUUUUUUUUUUUUUUUUUUGUCUACUCUCAAUUCCCAAAGAUGCUUAGAUUAUUUUAAUUUUAAUAUAUGAAAACACACGAGACAUUUUAUAAGGUGAAUGAUGAUUAUUUUGUUGUUGUUUAUUGCCUAAUUGUUUCUGGACCUAUACAGUUUUUUGUUUUUGUUUGAGGCAGAUACAGAGGUUUAAUUAGAAUGAUACAGUUUGCUGAUUUUUUUUUUUUUUUUUUUUUUUCUCAGAACUAAAAAAAACAUAUUCACUGAAUGUGAUGUUUUUAUAACUUUGGGGGUGGAGAUACCAUUGAUACAGUUUUGUCACUACCACCACAACUCAUCUUUAGCAUUUCUGUACUACAAAUUGACUUGUUUAUUGGCUGCAUCAUACAUCAAUAUAACAAUAUCCCGGCAAAUUCUAAUGGCAGUCUUCCACUCAUAAUCUAAUCAACUUUACCAAUGCAGCUUCUCAUGUUAUAGCACCCUCGCUGUGUUUCCUCAUAAAUACUGGUGCUAAAUUGCCUGCAGCCUUACAUUGUGUACACAGUAAGAGAAACCUUGUGAUUAAAGACUAUGGGGCUCUCAUUUGGUGUUUGGUUAGAUGUGGUCUGCACAGAGACUGUGCGAGCGAGUGAAACAAGAAAACAUUUGCUGUUUAUCAAUGAGGUGAUGGAGUUUGCUUUGAUAUUGUUUGUACCUAAACCUCUGCACAAGGAAUCGAUGUUGUCUGGCAGAGUGAAUGUUUCACUGCUUUAUUAAAUGGGACACGGUAAUGGAUGAAGUGCUGAUGUAAUGCGUGGAACCGUGCCAUGAAAGCCUUAGAUGACCAUGUGGAAAAAAUGACCACUUGUGCACUUAUUUGGCAUGCAUUUUGAUUCUAAAAUUGUAUACUGAAGUUAACCAUUAAACCUGUAAUGUACAAUUACUUGCCAAAAUGUGUUUUGAUAAGCAGUUGUUACAAAUUAAAUACUAUUUGUUGUUGUA